AUGGCUCUUACUCAUCGCUUAUUCUCUGACGCUUUACGUGACAUGCAACAAGCUAUGGCUGUCUUUGACCAGCCUUUCUUCAGUCCCAUUUUCAACAAGGAAAUUAGUAGCAACUUUGGUCGAUUAAACUCUCAAGCGAACAACUAUGUCUCUUAUCCUGCUACAGAUAUUGUAGAAAACCCCGAAUCUUAUGAACUCCAUGCUGAAAUUCCCGGUUAUAACAAAAAGGAUAUCAAGAUUGAAGUGAACGAUGGUCGUACUCUUGUCUUGAGCGGUUCUACAAAGAAAGAAAAGGAUGCAGAUAAUGAGCAACAUGUCAUUCAAAAGACAACAGAAGAUGAAAGCCAAGUUGUUCAACAUAGUCCUAAAUGGUGGGUCAACGAGCGUGUUGCUGGUUCUUUCUCGAGAUCAUUUAGUUUCCCUCAUCAGAUUGAUACUGAACAAAUUAAGGCCUCUUAUGAAAAUGGUGUUCUGAAAAUUGUUAUUCCCAAGAAUACUAAGAGUCAGUCCAGACUUGUGGACAUUGAUUAA